UUCGUAGUCCCACACCCACUCCCCUCCCCCCUUCCCCAAUUCGCCCUUGUAUCAUCCUCGUUGAUGUCUUUGUGUCGAUUCUGAGCUUCUCCUCUCCCAUUCUUCGCAUUCCCCUCUCACAACCCCCUUCUUUCGCUGCCAUGUUUCGACCCGCAUCCAGAGCCGUCCUCCGCACACCGGCUGUCGCAGUCCGGGGCCCGGCGAGCGCAGGUCGACGAUUGAUAAGCACAACACCUACAGAGACCAAGUCGAGGAGCUGGAAGAAUACCUUCGUCCGACUGGGAUUGGCAGCCGGUGCUGUCUACUACUACAACACGAGCAACGUGUUUACGGAAACCCCGUCGCUCUUCUUCCGAUCCCAACCUCAGCCCACAUCUGAAGAUGAUUCCUCCUCCCUCCCAACCCUCAACUCCGUCAAGCCCAAAAUCCGUGAAGAAAAAGCCGCCACCCCAUCCCCUUCGCCAGCCCCAGCUUCCGAUUCCGCUCCCGCUCCCCAGUCUGAUGACGCGCAAUCGGACGACGUCGCCCUGAAGUCAGCCGGAGAACUCGAGCAGGAAGCCGGCCAGGAGGAGGCAUUCAACCCCGAGACCGGCGAGAUCAACUGGGACUGCCCUUGUUUGGGUGGAAUGGCUCACGGCCCAUGUGGAGAGGAAUUCAAGGCUGCGUUCAGCUGCUUCGUUUACUCUGAGGAAGAGCCCAAGGGCAUUGACUGCAUUGACAAGUUCCAGGCCAUGCAAAACUGCUUCCGCCAGUACCCCGACGUCUACGGUCCCGAGCUUGAAGACGACGAAGAAGCUGCCGCCUCUGGAUCUGCCGAGGGCGCUGAACAGCCCGUGAGUGCGCAGCAGAUGGAUGCCGCCUCUACCCCGGACGAGAAGCAUGCCCAUGCCAAGGAGGUCCACGACCAGGUCAAGUCCGAAGCCAACGAGCUCGCAGAGAGCGAGGAGCUAAUUCCCAAGGCCUUGCUUGAGUCCGAGCAGCAGACGGAGAAAUAAUCACCCAACCCAGCAUACCAGCAUACCAGCAUACCGGAACAAAAGCGAGAUCACGGGACUCGAAAUGGAAAAGCGUGUAUUAUCUUCUCACAAAGGUGGAGUCAAUAACUGAGGAUGGACAGAUCAGGAUGUGUAUUAUAUGAUCCAUAUAUGAUAGUAUAUCUUCCUUUCCUUUCCUUUCCUUUCCUUUUCCUUUUCCUUUUCCUUUCCUUGUUCACAGUGAGUGAGUGAGUGAGUGAGUGAAUUAACUAUAAUACUCUAACCUAUUAUGCCAUUUCUCAUCUCGACUCUAUUUUUUGUUCUUGCCCCCUUUAUUCCUUUUUGUCUCUUGCUUUUUUUUGAGCACCAUUCCCAUUUUGGUUUUUUUUUUUUUUUUU